UGGGAGGGGGAAGGGUAGGUGUUUGGGUAGCCGAGCUGGGCCGUGGGAGGGAGGGACCGAGCUGACUGAGGGUGGCCCGCGGACGGCGCCGGCGGAGAAUGAGAGCCCGGCUGGAAUGAAAGGCGAGAUACAGCAUGGAACAAGCCUUUCUGGCCCAAUGAGUCACGCCGCCCAGCAACCCACCUAUUUAACACUAGCCUAAUCACAGGACAAUUUACAAUGACCAAUUAACAUCAAGAAAAUGCCCGAAGGGUCGGAGGACUGUAGGCACUGGCAGGCCCAUUGACAUCCAUCCCCUGUAACUGUUCCAGUAAUUCAUCCAAUCCUGACCAUGGCACAAGGGAGCCAACAGAUUGAUAUUCAGGUGCUGCAUGAUCUCCGGCAGCGCUUCCCUGAGAUCCCAGAAGGCGUGGUGUCUCAGUGCAUGCUGCAGAAUAACAAUAACCUGGAAGCCUGUUGUUUGGCCCUUGCCCAAGAGAGCAACAAAUACCUGUAUGGGGAGUUCCACAGCACAGAUGAUGCCAGAAUGAGCAGAAACCACAUGCUGCAGAUUAACCUGGGUAUCCAGCCUCCAGCAACAUACCAGACAGGGGAUGGUGGUCAACUCAAUGGUGGUCGAACGCUGGUCCAUAGUACAAGUGAUGGCCACAUUGAGCCUCAACGAGGAGGUGGUCAGCAACUUGUGCGACUGAUACAGGAACCACAUUCUGCCCCAGCAAUUGUAGCAAAUCCACCUGGCUACAACCCUUUCUUUGUAAGUGACCAAGGCCGGAAUACAGGUACUCCUCCCCCACCAUCUCAACAGCCAACAUCCCUUCAGCCAAGCUUGAAUACAUCACCUAUGCAAGGUCUUUCUCCAACAUAUCAACCCAUAUCUCGGUACACUAUAAACCCUAUUACAGUAACCUUGUCACAGAACUUACCAUCUGGUCAGACUGCUCCAACUGCAUUGCAUAUACAUGGUGGUCCAUCACAGAUGCAGAACACUCCCUAUGGGAUUGGUAAUUCUAUUUAUAUUAGGCCAACAUCUGGACGACAGACUCCUCAAAACACAGCUUGGACUUCUAGUCAAUGUCCUCUCCCACAGUAUAAUCAUCAUCCUCCACCUGUUUAUCAACCACAACAAACUUAUCAGCCUUCUCAGUAUUCUCCUAAACAGCCACAGCUUCCUCAGCAAGCAUUUCGAUCACCACCUCCAUCACAGUUCAGCUCACCUUACAGCUCUCCUCAGCAUCAGGUACAAGCCAACCAGCAAGGUCAUCAGACUUCCCACGUCUUUAUGCCGAUUAGUUCUCCCACAAUGACGCAUCUCCCGUACCAGCCUCCUCAGAAUUAUCCACAACAAGGCAGCCAGUCGUUGUCCUAUAUGCCUUAUUCUGUGUCAGGAUUGUCCAAAGCUCCUAUGAAAAAUCAGAUAGAAAUCAAAUUGGAAGCACCACAGCGAUCGGCUGCCAAUGUCACUAGAAGUUCAUCUCCUGUCAGCAGUCAGCCUGCUUUGCGGAGUCAUCCUACAUUGUAUAUUGCCACCAAUUCACCAUCCAGCUCACCGUCAAGAGGAAUGUCGGGACAAAUGAGUGUUGUUCAACCACAGCCAGUGUAUAGUGUACCACCUACGUAUAUUCACCAUCAACCAUCGCGACCUCGGUCUACAACUGCUGGCAGUAACCAAGUAAACGCUCCUCGUGUGGUUGUAACGCAGCCUAAUACUAAAUACACCUUCAAAAUCACAGUUUCUCCAAACAGACCACCUUCAAUUUCCAGAGGUGUGGCAUCACCUACUUUUGAUCCUGGGAGCAUCUUGAAUUUAGUGGAUUGUCAAGGAGAGCAUCCUGGAGCUCCAGAACCGAUCCAGCCAAUAUCAGCACUAACAGGGUCUGCUGUUGAUAAACGAAAUGAGGACCAAAGGCGAAAGUCAAGUUCAGGGUCAGAUGACUAUGCUUACACUCAAGCGCUAUUGCUCCAUCAAAGAGCUCGAAUGGAGCGAUUACUAAAAGAGCUAAACCUGGAGAAACAAAAGCUGGAGAAGCUGAAAGCUGAGGUCAAUGAAAUGGAAUAUGAUUUAAUGCAACGGCGGCUGAGGAGGGUGAACUCCAACACCUCAAUACCUACACCAGAAGAGAUGACCAGAUUUCGAAGUCUGAACCGACAACUACAAAUUGACAUUGACUGUACUUUGAAAGAAAUUGACCUUUUACAAUCCAGAGGGAACUUUGAUCCAAAAGCCAUGAAUAAUUUUUAUGACAAUAUAGGAUUAACUGGCCCUGUAGGAGCUGUUCCCCCAAAACAUAGUAAAAAAGGUUUCCAUUGUGAUGCUUUUGUCACCCUCCUGAACCCCUUUCUCUGUUUUUAUCACAGGAUUUGAAGAGGCGUCAAGCAACCAAAAGCUGAUUUCAUCUAAUGUGAAAGACAACAGUCAAUAUCUUUAGACUAUUUAAUGCCUUUAUGAAAAGGUUAUGAAGCAAUUACUGGUGUCAUCCAACUUAAGGGCCAUCCUAUGACUUCAUCUUUCCUUGCUCCCAAGGCAAUGUUUGUUUCAGAGCAUUGUGGAUAAGGUUCAAUCAGGUUAUUGCAGGAGUAUUUAUUAUUUGGCACAGCAUAGAGUUCUUUAAUUCUUUAAAGACCUACCAUUUCCAAUAACCUGAUGAUUUUAUGAGCUGAUCUGGUUGGUAACUCACAACAUUCCUUCAGGCUGCCCCUUCCAUUAUAUGUUGAGGUACACCACUUCCCUAUCCCAAAAUUUUUUUUACACCUUACCCCCAGGCUGUCUUGGUGUUUCAACUCCUUGGUUGCACCAGAGCAAGAGUAUGUAUUCUUUGUAAUUCAAAGUGCUUGUCUGAAUUGCCUUUUGUUCAAAAUUUUCCUAAAAUGGAAUUGCCACUAGAUGGUGGUGUUGUAUGAUUUAUUUUAAAACGACCUGCAUUUGCAAUCCCAUUGUAUAUUUUUCCACAUUGCAGAAAUAGAUCAGUCCUUUAUUAUAGUUUGAUAAAAUAUUUUUCAGCAAUGUAAGUAUUUUAUAACGUUUGUUUAUUUUUGCAUUGGGUAGAGAACUUACUGAAGAAGAUAAUAUGUUUAAAAUUGCUUUAGACCAGUGGCUUCCAGUGUGGUGAUAUCGGCCCCUAGGGGCAGUGGGAGUUUCCAAUGGGGCAGUAAAAAUAAAGGGCAUGAUGGGGUUGGGGUAUUCUGUAGCAAGGGGGGUAGCUGAGGGAAUAAAUACUGUUUUCACAAUGGCAAAUAAAAGCAUGCCCCAUGUUCUCAUUUCUCGACUAUUUCAGGAGUUUUGUACUGACGAUGAUGAACAAUUUGAAUGCCUGCUGUUGCACACAGAAGUCAGAUGACUUUCAAAAGGAAAGUGCCUGAGAUAUUUUAUGUGGUUCUUGAAACUAAUAAAACUCUUUGAAGACUAGCAAUAUUCAUUCAGUAAUCAACUGAAGAAUAGUACGCAUGAUGUUGCUUAUAUUGUCAGAAUUGUUUGCAAAGUUUAAUCAAUCAAUUGCAAGGAAGUGUGUCUUAUCAAUGUCAAAUCAUUUAUCUCCACAUUUCUGUCUAAGUUAACUGUAUUUAAGUGCAUGUUGGCUGUUGCAACUUUUUCCAGCUUCAGAGUCUCUCUGAGUUGGAAGUGAAAGAAAGAAUACCAGAUAAUAAUCAAGUAUAUUGUGCUCUCCUAGGUGAGCUGCAUAAAGUUAUAUCAGAGACAUUUCAGAAUUUUCUCGAUCUAAAUUCCAGAUUGGGCAAUAAAUCCAUUCCUGAACACUUGGAAGAAGAACUAACAGGAAAGGUGGAGGAAGAACUGAUCCUGCUACAGAAUGACUUUGAGCUAAAGCAAAGGUUCAAAAUAUCAUAUUACGACUUUUGGUUGCAGAAUGAAAUCUCUGAAUGCUAUCCUGCACCAUGGAAAAAGGUUAAGAUGUUCUUUAUCAUCUUUCCAACAACAUAUUUAGUGGAGCAAGGUUUGAGUGCAGUCACACAACUUCUUUCAAAGCAAUGAAACAGUCUGCAAGUUACUGAAUGUAGGGAUCUGAGACAUCUGAGUCCUUCAGCCUAAUGUUGAGAAGCUGUUAUCUCUGCACCAAGCCCAUCCAUCUCAUGAAAGGUGAUAAGGCAAUGAAGUGAUGUAUAGUUGGACAACUAAUGUAUGCUCUAAAAUUUUUUGUACUGUAAUUAAAUAAAGAAUAA